AUGCCCAAAGGCGCAUACACCACCACUCGCACGUUCGGCAACGGUUCCCACCUUCUCCUGUGGGACUUCCACCUCGAUAGAAUCACUCAGUCGCUGCUGGUUCUCGCCGAAGCUCACCCGGAGCUGAACGUGAACGGAGAGCAGAAUGGGGAGCAGCAGGAACAGCAGCAGCAGCAGCAGCAGCAGCAGCAGGUGGAGAUCUGUCUGAUGAUACUUCUCUGUGGUCAACAAGCGUUCUUUGGUGAAGCUGCUACAGCUGCCACAGCUCCAGCAAUCAGAGAAACAGCAGAAACCGCAGAAACAGCAGCAACCGCAGCGAAUGCACCAGGUGUUGAGGUCUACGUGCAUGCGAGCACAGUUUGCCCCACGAACCCCUUUUCAUCGCACUCCCUGCCGCCACCCGUCUGUGCUGCUGUCAUGGGGCCUGGCCGUCACACUCCACUCGCGAAAUUUUCCUCAUGGCCCCUCGUCCGCCGUGCCUUGGAGGCAGCUAGGCCAGCAGAGGCAAGGGACGUGAUUCUAUCGAAUGACGGUAAUGCCCUCCUCGAAGGCAUCACCUCGAACCUCUUCGUUUUGGCUCGGGCCGAGCCUACCAGUGACAGCAACUCAAGCCACGGUUCGCCCUGGCAUGGAUUCGACCUGCAGACGGCAUCACUCGAGAGUGGGAUCCUUCCAGGAAGCAUCCGGCAAGCCAUCAUUGACACCUGCAACGAGAGGGGCAUUCCUCUGCGCAUCAAGACCCCGCAGUGGAGUGAGCGUGCCUUGUGGGUGGAAGCUUUUGUUACAAACGCCUUGAGCAUCGUCCAGCCUGUCAGCAGCAUUCUCAUGCCUGCCACGUGGCCUUCUGAGACCACUUAUGACAGCUGGCAGUCUGUGGACAAGUGGCUGGCAUGGCAGGCUCCUGCACUCGAGCCCGUGGACAACCGCGUGGGCAUCACCAUCCUGCAGCAUCCCAAGGAGAAGUACCACCCGCUGGGCUCGGCGCGCAUUGCCCUGCUGGGGCUGCAGCGCGUGCGCGUGGUGGUGGUUCCGCUGGGGCGCGGGCGGCCGGGCUUGCAGCCCAAGGACCCCUGCUCCCGCCGCACCCUCAUGGGGCGCUCGGGGCGGGGGCGGUGGCGCAAUGGCGCGGGGAAAACGCAGGGGCAAGGGCGGAAGCAGGGGGGAGGGCAGGGGGAAGGGCCGGAGGGACAAGGGAAUGCACAAGGGGUGGAUCAGGGGGAGGAGGAAGGGCAUGGCCAGGGGCAAUGGCAGGGGCAAGGGGAAGAGCAGGGGUAUCUGGAAGGGCGAAUGCUGCAGGAGGGCGAGGAGCCAAAGCAGGGGCGGUGGGUGGACCAAGCGCAGGGGAAAGGAGAUUCGAGUGAGAGGGGCAAUGCAAGGGGUGGGGGAGCAAGCACGGGCGGAGAUGGAGGACUUGUAGUUGGUGAAGGGGGUGAAGUGAGAGAGGGUGAGUCGAGGGAGGGUGAGAAAUGUGUGGAGAACGAAGUAGAACGAGAAGGGAGCAGGGAUGUAGGAGCGAGUGGGCCAGUUGUGGGUGAGGAGCAGGGAGGAGAAACAACAAAUGGGGCUCCAACAGGUGAUUCAAGCUUCGAUCUAAGCUUUGACCUCCUGCCGUUUGCUGCCGCUGAUGGGGCUGAUAGUGACGAUGGCGAUGGUGCCUUUGGUGGUUACCAUGAUGCUGAUGGGAGCAGUGAAGAGGAUGGUGGUGGUAUGUGUUCUCAGGACACCACUGAGGGCACUACUGAGGCGGGGACAACGGGGCUAGCCAGCACUGCUUGUGGGCUGAGCAGAUUUGACGUCAGAGCAUCAGGACGAGAUCGCCCACCUUUCAAAGCUCUCCUACCAAAAACCCCGAGAUUCCACCCUAACGUCCCUGACACGAGGCCUCUCGCAUCUGAGGUUCAGGCAUUAACCAUUCAGAUUUUCAUCAUCGUCAAGGAAGAGCCUACCUUCCACCUUUCAGCCCGGUCCCUUUUCCGACUGCAGCCAUCACAGGCACUCCACAGCAACACAGGCCAGAGGCAGGUUUUGGGGAGGAUAGCUCAACAACGGGUUCACGCAAUGAUGCAGCUCAUUCACACAUAUCUCCCCACCCUAUAG